UCAAACACGAAGGGGCCACAGAUUACAGUCUGUCUUCAUGUCAUCAGAGUCGGCUCUGGUGCAUUUGUUGCUAAACUGCGAGGCUUCCUAGGUCUUUCUUUGGGCUCUUUCUUUGGGAUCUUUCUUUGGGGUCUUCUGUUCUUGGUGCUUUGUGGGAACUUUGCUAAUGAGUAGCAACCUGCCUUCUGUAGGGCUUCACAAAUAUGUGCUUGCAGGGGUCAUCUCCUCCUAGCUGUCAGAUGGCUCCAGAUGGGUUCAACCCAACUACAAGAUAGCAACACGGUCGCGCAGCAGAGAGCAGCUCAACAACAGGACACAACUGGGAAGUGAAAAAUGUCUGGGUCAGCUGGUGAGAAGAACUGGAGGCAAGCACAGGUCAUCACUGGUCCCAGCAGACCGACCACAACAAUCAGACUGCGAGACAUAUACGAUCCAAAGCCUCCAACUCCAAAGGCCCCGGUCCGGAUCCGUCCACCAUCUCUGAGAUCUGCCUCUCUGAGCGAACGAGAUCAGCAGCAAACCCCUUCAGACGAUCCCUCCGUCCGGAGGAAAAGGGCCCAGUCACUGUCUUCUGCUUCAGGAAAGAGGAGAGAACCCAGGAGGGUUCAGGUUCGCUUUGUGGAUGCACUGGGUCUUGAUCUGGAGGAGGUGAAAGUCUUCAGACGUCAGGAGGACCCCCUGAUACCCCCACAUGUGAUGUUCAGGCUGCUAAUGAGCUCUGAACUGACUUUUGGAAAGUCACCUGAGCUGAACAUGCCUUACUUCAGACCCUGUUUCCCUGAACACCUGGGGGGCCUGCCAAACUUCCAGAACCGUCUCUGCUCUCAGAAAGUCUCUCUAGAGCGUGUGAUGUGCUCUGACCAAGGCAUAACAGGAACUGUACAUGUACUUAAUUUAGCUUAUCAGAAAGAGGUCAAAGUGCACUACUCUUUCACCAACUGGAGAACGCAAACACACACAACAGCUUCGUGGGUAUCAGGUGGGUACCCUGGCGACUGCGGAGCUCCAGGCACGGAUGUUUUCAGGUUUCGUCUCCCCGUCCCGCCCUUCAUCUUGCAGCCAGGAGCCAUCUUGGAGUUUGCCAUCUGCUACCGUGUGAAUGGAUGGGACUUCUGGGAUAGCAACGAUGGCAACAAUUACAAACUGGCAUGCCACAGUUACAAGGUGACCGUGCCAAGGGAGUGUGAGGACAGCAUGCUGCAUUUCACCUGAGUGGCCACAUGAGGGAGCUAGCUCCUGUUAAUGCAUGUGGGAGGACAUGAAUAGCUUCUGUAUGAACUCUCUUACCUUGGUUUUCAAAAUGUUGGAAUGUUACUCGGUUCAUCAGGACGUUUAUCAGUUUGGACUUUUCCUGUAUUAUUUUCCCAGACUACAACACAACUAGACAGCAAAUGUUAUGUUAUCAGCAUGUAGCACAUCUAAUACUGUAUUCAUAUACUGAAUAUUUUGCAUUCAGUAUAUGAUUAAUAAUAUUAAAUUUAUAAUUCUUAACUACAAGCCAUAAGUUACUUAUUCAUUUUAAAAUGCUUAUCACCCAGCAGAUUAAUAAAAAUAUAUAGGAUCUUUUUAUUUACUCGUUGAAAACUUUGUUCUGCUCUGAGGAAAUAAAGACCUGGAGGAGAAAAUAA